UAGCCGAAAUUCGAAGGUAAUGUCCUUUGUGGUACGAAAUCUUCAAAGAUCUGUUCCAUUUAGUGUUGAACGUCUUCGAAGUCAUGUGUCCAUUUUAGUGAAUAUAUUUGAAAUAAAGAAUUACAGCUUAGGCGUGAUUUGUGUUAGUAAAUUUAGGAUAAAAAGAAUGAACAUGAUGUAUCGCAAUGUUGGGAGACCAACAGACGUUUUAUCAUUUCCAAAUCAAGAUCCUAUUGUUCCUGGACAAUUCUCUUCAGAGCCACUACUAUAUGACAACUGCCUUGGAGAUAUAUUUUUAUGCCCAGCUGUAAUUAAAGGUCAAUGUGCAUCAGAGGGAACAGAUUUUCAAGAUUCUUUACCAGUUUAUGUGACUCACGGAAUAUGUCAUUUAUUGGGUUACAAACAUGGCACAAAAGAAGACUGGAAAUUGAUGUUCUCUAAAGAACACAAGAUUUUAUCCACCUUCAGUCAAAGAACAGGAAUAGACAGUGCACCAUUGACCUCAUAUUCACACUAAAAUGACAUGACAAGCAUGUAGGGCUUGUGAGCAACUGUUAUCAUAACUAGGAAACUCUAAACUAGAGUUGUAAUAAAACAGGGUAUCAAAUACUAUCUGAUUCAAGUGCACAAAAUAUUGUCGUGACAACUUCACACUGUCCAGGAACAAUAGCAUGCCAAGUGACUUGUGGAACCAGCAACAAAGAAAAGCAUUAUUAUCAUACAUUAGUGAUUCACAGUAAAAAAUUAAGAAUGCAAUAUAUAUAGGUAUCCACC